AUGACUUCCAAUCCUUCUACUACAGAUACCACCACUCCUACUUCAACAAAUAAUACCACCACCCCCCUCCGCUACAUCCGCUACAAUGCCGCCCACGAAGACACCUACGUCCCCGCCAUGCGCCAAUUAAUCUCCAAAGACCUGUCCGAACCCUACAGUAUCUACGUCUACCGAUACUUCCUCUACCAAUGGGGUGAUCUCUGCUUCAUGGCCAUGGACGACAACAACUCCGAGCUCCAAUCCUCGUCGCCAAUGGUCGGCGUCGUCGUGAGCAAACUGGAGCCGCAUCGCGGUGGCCCCUUACGCGGAUACAUCGCUAUGCUAGCCGUGCGCGAGGAGUAUCGAGGCCAGGGGAUAGCGACAAAGCUGGCUCGAAUGGCGAUUGAUGCUAUGGUGGAGAGAGGGGCGGAUGAGAUCGUGCUCGAAACUGAAACCACCAACACCGCCGCGAUAAAACUUUACGAGCGGCUCGGGUUCCUGCGAAGUAAACGCCUGCAUCGGUACUACUUGAAUGGAAAUUCGGCGUAUCGGCUCGUGCUGUACUUGAAGGAAGGGGUUGGGUCGAUGCGGACGAACAUGGAUCCAUACGCUCAGCAAACAGGGCCACCUUAUCCCUUGAUUGAGGAUAGAACGGACACGGUGGUGACGGCACCGGAGCCGGCGUUGUUGCAUGAGAAUGGGAAGUGGUAG